UAAUAGUUAGCAAGCUCUGCCUAAUCCAAGUUAGACUGCAGUUUUUGUCUGGUUCUACCAAACUAGAACGAUAAAACAAUUUCUCAAAGACGUCAUGUUUCGACUAUUUACAGCUGCUGGUGCAGGUGUAGUAGCAGGUUUGCUCUAUGUUUGGCAAAAUAUGCAGAGAAGGGUCUUUGAUGUCAGAGUUACCCAAAGGAGAGUCACAUUCAGUGCAGCUCGUGAAGAUCAGUGUAUCUGUAGAAUUGAGGUUGAACUUCGCGACCGUGAAGAACUUGAGGAAGCUGUGCGAUUCACCAGGCCAGAAACUUAUACGAUAAAUCGCGAUAACCAGAUAGUGAAUCUUAAUGUAUUGGCGAACGUCUCUAACGCCGAAAGAGGAAAGCUAAUCAUUGAAGUAUAUGCUCGAUUGACGGUGGCUGGAAGCUACACUUUGAUCCCAAAAUUUAACGAUCUUGGAAGGAUUAACCUCGUUGAAGGAUCUGUUGUCAACUUUGAUGUUCAACCAUCCGAGGCAAACUCACUGAAAGUGAGAAAGGUAAAACAACAACGGCGUAGUAAUGUUUCCUUUGAUGAUGAAAACGACUUUGAACUUUAUAAGGGUAGAGAGGCACAGGUAUUUGUCGAGGUGAUGGAUAAAUAUGGGAAUACAGUUAAAGAUGAAGAACUAAAAGUUGCUAAUAGUCCCUAUUUGGAUUAUAAAUCCUGUCAUUUCGAUGAACGAAAUUGUUGCACAUUGGUAACAAUCUUUUGUCGAGAUGACGGCAAGACAUUACUGACGUUGGAGAGUCAUCCUCAUCACAUUCAAAGGAGAGUCCCCAUCAACAUAGUCCCUGCACCCAUGGAUCCUGAAAGAUGCAAUCUUCGUCUUGACAAAAAUCGCCAAGUGGUUGCUGGGCAACUUGUAAGACUGAAGCUAGAGCUUCGUGACAUUUACAGCAAUCCUUUCAAACUAGAAAAUACAGCAGAGAAUCAAUUACGGUUCUCCUUGCGUGGACAUGUUUUUCACCGACUUGUAGAGAGUUGCAUUUCACUGGAUUUAGUACAUGGUACUUGGACUGGACCCCUAAGAUUACAGGCAGAAGAUCAUUCAGAGUUUGUGUUGAUGGGGAGCAACGAGGCACCAACGAGGUACGCGUUGAUGUUGAUCCAGGUCCACUUAAAUCUUUACAAAUCGCCUGUUACGAUGAUCUAGGGGAAAAGAAUAGGUCCAAAUGUCAUACCAAUGAAAAGUGCAACGCAUGUUUAAAUGGUUUCGACGAAUUCGGAAAUACAGUUCAGCUUGAUGCUGAUCACUGGUAUUUAGAGGUCGAAGAUGACAAAGAAAUCAUAACGGAAACGACAAUUGUUGGCAAAAUCAUUAUAUUUACCUACAGUUUCCAAGAAGAAGGCACAUACUCUGUUCUUGUUGCGACACAAAUUCAACGCGAGGUCAGUGUUCCAGAAUCGUUUGUUGUUAAGGUUACUGAAGCCCCUCUUGACCCUUCAAAGUGUAAAAUAAGCACAAAACUCCUCUGUUUGGACAAAGGCCUAGCAAAGUCAAGCUCAGGCUAGAACUUUUCGAUUGCAACUCUAUGCCAUAUCAUUAUUCAAAGCUUGACAGAAACGCCUUUGAGUUUAAGUUUAAUUGCGUGAGCAGCAAUAUGGAGAGCCGUGAGCACAUCGAUUCCAGUGAACCGAAUGUAACUUAUUUUAAACCAUGCGUCAAUAUUGAAGAAGACACAGUCAGUUGUUUUCUUGAGGUCUUUUAUAAAGGAAAGUUGCUUGGAAGUCCGUUACAGCUAGACGUAAUUCAGAUUCUCCCUUACAGGGAAGACGAUUAUCUUUCCGACGUUGAAGAUCCCAAAACUGUGCUGGAUAUGUACAACAUGACAAAAGCAAAAGUGAUCGGCGAAGAUUAUUCCAACCUAGAUAACGUCAAUCGCAUAUUGUGGAGAAAUUAUGAUAAGGGAAUUGCACGCUCCGAAAUUGUCACCAUGGACGACCAUCGAAGAGUAUCAGUUAAUAUUACAAUGUUUGAACCAACGCAAAGAGUUUUUGUGCGCAGGGUUUUUUCUAAUGUCAUCAAAGGGCUGCAUUAUCGCAACCAAGCAUCCAAAUUCAACAAACAACGAGAAGAUUGGAAGACCAAAUCAAUUGAAGCAUACCGUAAUAACAGUUAUGAAGAUGCUAAAGAGUACUCCGAAAUCAAGGAUAAGUUUGGAGAAUUAAUGAAUACCUCUAAUUGGAGAGCUUCUUACGCUGUGUUUGAAUUUUUUAACCAUGGUCGUCAAGCGAACGAGAUUGAUCUUCACGGUCAACUGGUGGCCGAUGAAGCUAAAUUAAACUCGCACAAAAUGCAAUUGCUUGAGAAACGAAAUGAAGACGAAGUCCAGAAAAUAAUCAAUACUGAACGUGAUGAAAUGGAUGAAGCUAUCCGUCAUCUAAGAGAUAAAAUCGACCAAGUGAAGGACAACGCUGACUGGCUGGAGAUCAUUGUUGGAGCAGGACAUCACUCUCGAGCUCAACUCCAAAAGAUCAGCCCAAAAGUUAAAAAGUUUCUUGCAGAAAUGGGGUGGGAGUACGAAUUAUGUAACAAAGGAUCUCUCCUCAUAACAUUUAGGGAGUACAAUGGAAAGCAACCUUGCCGUGCUACCUUUUAUUGCUCAGAAUGCGACAAGACCUGGGUAUCUAACAGCAGUUGGAAGGGGAAGUGGCAAAAAUGUUUCCGUUGUGACAAAAAGGGCAUAGAUUCCAAGUGCAACCCAUUGAAAUUAGGGUGUAGGGAACAAUCUCGAGCUCAGAGACGACGAACCACAAAUGAAUGGAAUAGCUUUACUCAAGAGGACCACAGGAGACUUUGCCAAGUGUGCAUUGAAAAAGGCGAAGACUGCAGGACUGUGUGACGCUUGGAUUGGAUUUUCGACGCUGCAUACCAUAAUUGCAUCCAUGGCGACGCUGAAGAUUGUAAGGACCUCAAAGUGAUUUCUUGAAACUAAGUGAAUGGGAAACCUCAUCCCAGACAUUUCACUUUCUUAGUUCUAAAUAACUUUUGAUGGAUUGGAAGAGAGGGUAUUGGCAAAUCGAUUCCUCUGGUCUGUCUCAAUGUGAAGACGUUCAGCUAUUGUUUGCAAAGCCCGAAUGAUGUUAACACUGAACUUGUCAUGGAACCAGGUCAAUGCCCGCCAGAAUUAUUAUAUACAGUCAAUGCCA